UACAUACGCGUACGUAAUUGUAUAUACUUAGGAUACGUAAUUAUAAAAUAAAUGUUGAUGUACAUGUACGAUAGUAAAAGUGCGUCUGUGCGUCAGCGUCGCGAAAGACAGAUAUACGAUAAUACACAUGAAUGAAAGGAGUCGGUGCAUAUGUACAUACAAUGCGCGUAUGUUUUUUGUUUACACUUCGCAAGCCAAGUUGUAUAGCGCACGUUAGUGCCGAGGAGGGUUUUUGAAGGGUGUGUUUGAAGAAGAGAUCGUAUAGGUGCGUCAAAGUUUGAGGUUAUAGAUAUCGAGAGUGUUGGAUCGGCAUUAACAUCGCGGCAUUGGGCAAAGAAGGAAGAGGAAAAAGAGGUUGAGGCGGGAGAAGAGGAGAGUUGGGCUGGGUCCACGGCAGUGCUGGCUAUACAUAUACGGGGACGGACGGCGAGUGACCGAAAGGCAAACUGUAUAGCUACCGACCGGUAAUAAAGGACCGCUACAGGUGUUUGGACGUCCAUCCUUGUUGUCAAGAUGGCGUCUAGGGGAAAAAGCAACGACGUGGCCGACUAUGGCCGAUCAGAUUCGUAUCGAGUUGCGACAUUGCCCAACAUUCGCGACGACAACAAAACGGCAGAUGGAAUGUACAAGUCGCGGCGGAAGGGCCCCGUAAAGAAAAGAGGGGGAAAUCUUGAUGACCUCAAGCAGGAGCUGGUCAUCGAUUUUCACAAGAUCUCCCCGGAGGAGCUGUACCAGAGAUUUCAAACACACCCCGAGAACGGCCUUAGCCAUGCGAAGGCGAAGGAGAACCUGGAGCGCGACGGCCCGAACGCCCUGACGCCGCCAAAGACGACGCCCGAGUGGGUAAAGUUCUGUAAGAACUUGUUCGGAGGUUUCGCCUUGCUGCUGUGGAUCGGGGCGAUCCUUUGUUUCAUCGCUUACUCGAUCCAGGCGACGACGAGCGAUGAGCCGAACGACGACAACUUGUACCUCGGCCUCGUGUUGGCCGCCGUCGUCAUCGUCACCGGCAUCUUCUCGUACUACCAGGAGAGCAAGUCCAGCAAAAUCAUGGAGUCGUUCAAGAACAUGGUGCCCCAGUUCGCCACCGUGAUCCGCGAGGGUGAGAAGGUCACCGUCAAGGCCGAGGAGCUCGUCCUCGGCGACGUCGUCGAGGUCAAGUUCGGCGACCGGAUCCCCGCCGAUCUCCGGAUCAUCGAGUCCCGGGGCUUCAAGGUGGACAACAGCUCCCUGACGGGCGAGUCCGAGCCCCAGUCGAGGUCACCCGAGUUCACGAACGAGAAUCCCCUCGAGUCGAAGAAUCUAGCGUUCUUCUCGACGAACGCCGUCGAGGGCACGGCCAAGGGCGUGGUCAUCUGCUGUGGCGACCAAACGGCCAUGGGUAGGAUCGCCGGACUGGCCUCGGGCCUCGACACCGGCGAGACCCCCAUCGCCAAGGAGAUCCACCACUUUAUCCACCUGAUCACUGGCGUGGCCGUCUUCCUCGGCGUCACCUUCUUCAUCAUCGCCUUCAUCCUCGGCUACCACUGGCUCGACGCCGUCAUCUUCCUCAUCGGCAUCAUUGUCGCCAACGUGCCCGAGGGCCUGCUCGCCACCGUCACCGUCUGCCUCACCCUCACGGCCAAACGCAUGGCCUCGAAGAAUUGCCUGGUCAAGAACCUCGAGGCUGUCGAGACCCUCGGCUCGACUUCGACCAUCUGCUCGGACAAAACGGGCACCCUCACCCAGAACCGGAUGACCGUCGCGCACAUGUGGUUCGACAACCAGAUCAUCGAGGCCGACACCACGGAGGACCAGUCGGGCGUCCAGUACGACCGCACCUCGCCGGGCUUCAAGGCCCUCGCCAAGAUCGCGACCCUCUGCAACCGCGCCGAGUUCAAGGCUGGCCAGGAUGGCUUGCCGAUCCUCAAGCGCGAGGUUGCCGGCGACGCCUCCGAGGCUGCUCUCCUCAAGUGCAUGGAGCUCGCCCUGGGCGACGUCAUGGGUAUUCGCAAGCGCAACAAGAAGGUCUGCGAGGUUCCCUUCAACUCGACCAACAAGUACCAGGUCUCGAUCCAUGAAUCCGAUGACCCGAACGACCCGCGCCACCAGCUGGUGAUGAAGGGAGCACCCGAGCGCAUCCUCGACCGUUGCUCGACCAUAUUCAUCGGUGGCAAGGAAAAGGUCCUGGACGAGGAGAUGAAGGAGGCAUUCAACAAUGCUUACCUCGAGCUCGGUGGCCUUGGUGAGCGCGUGCUCGGCUUCUGCGACUACCUUCUGCCAACCGACAAGUUCCCGACCGGCUUCAAGUUCAACUCUGACGACCCGAACUUCCCUUGCGAAAAUUUGCGCUUCGUCGGCCUCAUGUCGAUGAUCGAUCCGCCCCGCGCGGCUGUGCCCGACGCCGUGGCCAAGUGCCGCUCGGCUGGUAUUAAGGUCAUCAUGGUAACCGGUGACCAUCCGAUCACUGCCAAAGCCAUUGCCAAAUCCGUCGGCAUCAUCUCCGAAGGUAACGAAACCAUCGAGGACAUUGCCCAGAGGCUGAACAUUCCCGUGUCCGACGUCAAUCCUCGGGAGGCCAAGGCCGCCGUCAUUCACGGCACCGAGCUCCGAGAACUUGACUCCGACCAGCUGGACGAUAUUCUCAGGUACCACACCGAAAUUGUGUUCGCGCGUACCUCGCCCCAGCAGAAACUCAUCAUCGUCGAGGGUUGCCAGAGGCAGGGUGCCAUUGUCGCCGUAACUGGCGACGGUGUCAACGAUUCGCCGGCCCUGAAGAAGGCAGACAUUGGCGUCGCCAUGGGUAUCGCCGGCUCGGACGUAUCCAAGCAGGCGGCCGACAUGAUUCUCCUGGACGACAACUUCGCCUCCAUCGUGACGGGCGUCGAGGAGGGCCGCCUGAUCUUCGACAACCUGAAAAAGUCCAUCGCCUACACCCUCACCUCCAACAUACCUGAGAUCUCGCCUUUCUUGGCCUUCAUCCUCUGCGACAUUCCCCUACCCCUCGGCACCGUCACCAUUCUCUGCAUCGACUUGGGAACUGACAUGGUGCCGGCCAUCUCGCUGGCGUACGAGCAAGCCGAGUCGGACAUUAUGAAGAGGAGACCACGAAACCCCGAAACUGACAAACUUGUUAACGAAAGGCUCAUCUCGAUGGCUUACGGCCAGAUCGGUAUGAUCCAAGCGGCUGCCGGUUUCUUCGUCUACUUUGUCAUCAUGGCUGAGAAUGGCUUCCUGCCGAGACACCUGUUUGGCAUCCGAAAACAAUGGGACUCCAAGGCUAUCAAUGACUUGACGGACAGCUACGGCCAGGAAUGGACCUACAGGGAUCGCAAGACCCUAGAGUUCACCUGCCACACGGCCUUCUUCGUGUCGAUCGUCAUCGUACAGUGGGCCGACUUGAUCGUCUGCAAGACCCGACGUAACUCCAUCAUUCACCAGGGCAUGAGAAACUGGGCCCUCAACUUUGGCCUUGUCUUCGAGACCGCGCUCGCCGCCUUCCUCAGCUACACGCCCGGCAUGGACAAGGGCCUCAGAAUGUACCCACUCAAGUUCGUCUGGUGGUUGCCGGCCAUUCCCUUCAUGCUCGCCAUCUUCAUCUACGACGAGACGAGACGGUUCUACCUGCGCCGGAAUCCUGGCGGCUGGCUCGAGCAGGAGACCUACUAUUAAAGCGCGCGACACCGCCUACCGAAUAACAGAAGCGCGUGCGCUAAUAACAAACAACAACCCACGAGAAGAACGAUUUUGAUGUAUGUUACGAAAGGAAUAGCAGGGAUAGAACAGAUAUGUAUCGGAUGAGAGAUAGUUAUAAACAAUCGAUAGAGAGAGAGAGAGAGAGAGAGAGAGAGAGCCGACAGACGCAUACCUACGCAGAAACAAGCAGGACAAAACAAAAAAAGGAAAAGGAAAAUCACACAUUUUCAGGGCAAAAUCACGUAUACGUACAUAUAAAUGUGUCAUGUUAUGUGUAUGUAUAUAUUAUAUAAAUAUAUAUUAUGUCGUCACUGUUAUCGCUAAUAAAUCCACCAAAAAUCGCUAUCACCGUCACCACGUACCAUCAUCAACGCACCACCGUGAGCAAACAGAUAUGUCAGUAUAUUAUACAUACAUCGUCCACAUAACUACUGGAAGAUUUAUUGUAAUAUCGAUAAUAAUGAUAAUAUUAAUACUAUUCGUAAUAUAAAUNAGUAAAAUUAAA